UGUGACGCAAUGGCUAUUUACCUGCUGCUGUCAUUUUAGUAAAUACUUGUUCAUAAAGGUUAUGUAUCCAUUUGUUUUACAAUAUUCAAAAUAUAUUUCUGUCAAAUUAGUUUAUUCUUUAUUACCCAAGACAAGUUGGAACUAAUUUGACAACAGAAUGAACAAAACGGAAGAAAAAUAUAUAAUUGGAAUUUGCAACGAAAUGUGUCCCCCGGAAGAAAUAAAAUUACGCGAACAACAACGUUUAUUACACAUUUUAGAAAUUAUUCCAGAUACAGUGAACAACAAAUUACCAAAAGCAGAUAAAAAUAAAAUGGUGAAAUGUUUUUCUCGAUCUGCCGCAGGAAAAUGUUUUUUAAAACCGGAAAAUUUGAGACCACCAAACGUACUUCUACGAACGGUAAAUUAUCUCUUAGAUGAGGUAAUUAAUAAAAAUGAUAAGGUGCCUUAUAUAAUCAAAUACGAUUUUGUUAUGGAUAGGUUAAGAGCCGUUCGGCAAGAUAUGGUUAUUCAAAAUAUAUCUCGAGCUCAUCAAAUAGUCAUCUUACAACCAAUUGUAAGAUUCCACGCUUAUUCUGCAUACAAGUGCUGCGAAGAGAAUAUCAACAACUUUGAUUCCCAUAUCAAUGAUACUCAUUUACAAGAAUGUUUAAAACGAUUAUUAUGUAUUUAUGACUAUUUCGAUAGUCUUGAAAAAUCUGCAAACAUACAAAUAUGUAACGAAUCUUUAAAAGAUGCCCGCCCAUAUUUUGAAACGAUGUAUUUAAUUUUUAAUUUAGGAAAUAAUGAGGCUAUUAAUAGAGCUAUACAGUUGCCAAAGGAUUGGAGGACCAAUUUGGUAUCGAUUGGUUUAGAUAUAAGUUUUUCAUACCAAAAAAAUAACCUAGUGAGAGUAUGUAGAAAAUUAAACAGAUUGCCUGUUUUACUGCAAUCGUUGGCGUUUUUAAAAAUGCCACAAUUAAGGAGUUUAAGUCUGAAAAUGAUGUCCGUUGCUUAUAAUAGUAAAAAUAUAUGUUUUCCAAUUGGUGUUUUAUCAAAACUACUCUUGUACAAUUCCACCAGUGAACUAAUCUCUGAUUGUAAAUAUUACGGAUUAAAAGUUGAUGAAAACGGUGUUUGGUUUAUGAAGACUGAUUUUAUCGAAGGAAAACCAAUGGUAAAGGUAAAACGCAGUAAAGAAAUGGAUGAAAAAUUACAACAAAUCGAUUUAUCAACCCUACUUUUGUAUGGGGAAAAAUAUAUUGAUUAAAUCUAAUGUUUGUUAUAAAUUAUGUACCUGCAUUAUAAAUAAAUUUUUUUAUUGCA